UAAGUAGGCCUUGAAUACAAUACAAUGUUCAAUAAGAAUUAGCCAACUCAAAAUCAAACAAGACAAAGCAAAACCCAAACACAAAACAUCGUAUCGUUCAGUAAAGAACCAUAAAUAUACUUUAUUUUUGAGUCGUAUUAUUUGUUUUAGUUUACUUACGCUUUCGGCUACUUCCAUGGAGGAGUAUCUAAACAUUGAAGAAAGAGAUAGGGUCGCUAAUCAACAAAUUGGCGAUGCGGCGGCCGGUGAUGCGGGCAAUGAUGAACCGCACCAGCUGAGGCGGAACCACCGACGGAUCUAUAACGCACCCCGCGACCCUGCUCUUAUCCAGGUGGUGCAAGGCUACAAUGCCCUGCCGCGACCGUUGAGGCCGCGUAAGAAGCGGAGCACCUUUACCAUGGCCAGAAAGGCAACGCUGCUCGACGACCUGUAUCCGCCGGAGAUGUCAGCGCUUUUGGACAACGCCAAGCGGGCGGCAAUGCAGGCGGUCAGCGAGGAGCAGCGGAGCGAGUACUUUGCCAACUACCUCGUCGAGCACAUGACCAGUCAGAAUUAUCCCAACGGCAUGGGUCUGCCAGAUCGUUGGGGUAAGUUCUAAUUGGCCGUGGUCUGUGCGAGGAAGUCAGGAAGGAAGAGAGCCGGGAUAAGUGUUUGCAAUCAAGCUGAGUGAAAGCCAGGAUUCAUACAACAGAUAUUUCUCCCAGGUUUCAUGCCACAAAAAAAUAGAAAAUUAAAAAAAAAUAACCCAGGGUUCCGAAGGCUAAUGGUAACACAGAAAUACGCUUGAUUGAACUUUUAUGACUUGAACUAAUUUGCGAACUAUCCGGACUGCUCUGAAUAUUUUCUCAACUCAGCAAAGGUACAUAUAUGAUCUUAACUGCCACCUGUACUUGAUUUACUUACAAGCGAAUGGUUAAAAAGUAGCUGUGGAUUCUAUAUUGUCCAAUAAACCAAAAAAAAAACAAGCUA